AUGGGAUACUACAAAGACCUUGCGUGCCUCAGCAACCCGAAGGCCUUCCCCAGCUUCGCUGAACUCCCUAAAGGCUUCUCCCUUACCCCAGCCUACCUCGAGCUUGGAGAAUCCGACACCCCUCGGUUCUUCUUUUGCGAAUACGUCAAGAUCCUCGAUCCUGUUCACUAUAGGUCGGAGAUAGAAGUCAAGGACAAGACCGGCGAGACCCUCAAACUGGCGCUUUGCUUCGGCGAGCUCCAGGACUACCUCCUGCCUUUCGACUUCGAAGAAGAGUGCGAGACCCUGGUCAUCCUCAACCCCAAGAGAACCACCCUGCGCGAUGGCAAAACUGAGGGUAUUGAGAUUACCGAUCCCACUCACAUCAAGGUCCUGCAUGCUCUCCCCGGAGACUGGGAUAACAUGCGCACGCGCAUUAUCGAGGCGAACAGUGAGCAGAUGAACAAGAUUUGCUAUAACUGCGGAAAGAAGAGCUACAAGGUCAAGCACUGCAUGUGGUGUCGCUUCUUCUCCUACUGUACCCAGCGCUGCCUCAAAGAAGACCAUGCCGACGAGUGCGACGUGCUCCGCGACUGGGAUAUCCACCACAUGUUUAAUGGCGAGUGGGACAACAUCAACUUUUUCGAGAGCCAGAUGCUCGCACAGACUGGUCCCAGGGAUUAG